CUUUGGGCCGUGCCACGCUGUCCUCAGGAGAUGUCCUUCGUCCUCUUUGUACGUCCUCUAUCUUCAGCCCUGGCCUUAGGCUUUCUUGCAGCAAGUGUCUCCGUGGAAGUCUUCCAAGCCGCGUGAUUUCUGAUUGGGCAAAUGUACAGCGCAGUGCGCGUGCGCGGGUGUGUAAAGCAUAUGGAACGGCGAGUUGCGAACGCGUCUCGUUCGGGUGUUUGCCUGUGCAGCGAGCAGGCUUGGUGACGGGCGUGAGUGCUGGAACGCAUCAAGUGGCCUGCGUUGACGAUGCAUGCUAAUGCCGAGUCAUCCUCUCGCAUGUUGCUCAAGCCACUUGCCUAGUGGCAAGUGCAUUGGCAUGUAGGACGCCAUGACCGAGAAAGGGUUUCGUAUCGCUGCCGAAGUCAACAAGGAAGGAUGGGAGAAGAGCAGCUUCCCAAUACUCUGCGAGACCUGCCUGGGUGACAACCCCUACGUCCGCAUGCAGAAGGAGGACUAUGGCGUCGAGUGCAAGAUCUGCGUGCGGCCCUUCACGAUAUUCAGGUGGAAGGCGGGCACGCAGGGGCGGUACAAGUCCACGGUGAUUUGCCAGAGCUGCGCGAAGAUGAAGAACGUGUGCCAGACGUGCUUGUUCGACCUGGAGUUCGGGCUGCCUGUGCAGGUCCGGGACAAGUACAUGGAGGAGCAGGGUCAGAGCAAGAUCUCUCUCCCGUCCUCUCGCGUUGGCCGCGACUAUCAACUUCAGGAGUUGUCGAAGCAAACGGACGGUGGGGAUGUACCUUAUGGUAAGGUCGGAGCACAUCCUAUGCUGCAGCGUCUUGCAAGGAUGACUCCGUAUUACAAGAGAAACGAAGCCCGAAUUUGCACGUUCUACGUGAAAGGGGCUUGCAAUCGUGGUCAGGAUUGCCCUUUCCGCCAUGAGUUGCCACAGGGUGGAGAACUUGCAAACCAGAAGUUACGCGACCGGUUCCACGGGGAGAACGACCCGCUAGCAGCAAAGUAUAUCCGGAGAGCCGAGGAGGAUAUGACGCCGUCAGCUCCCGAGGACAAGGCCAUCACCACCUUGUACAUGGGUGGCUUGGAUACGGCUAUCAAGGAGAAGGAUAUCCGCGACAAGCUGUACGUCUACGGCGAGAUCCGCAGCGUGAAGAUGAUACCCAAGCAGUCCUGCGCCUUCAUCACCUUCGUCAACAGGGAAGAGGCCGAGGAGGCCAUGGCGAAGUGCUACCGGGUCCUGAAGAUCAAGGACAAAAAGGUGAACCUGAUGUGGGGGCGCCCACAGCCCACGGCGCAGUCCCAGGCCUCCGCCGCCCUGGUCGCGGGGGCCGCAGGCUCGGGCGCCUCGGCCUCUGGUGGCCCCGGAGAUUUUGGUGGAGGACGGCGUGGCUCGCCCGUACUAUGCCUCCAUGGACCCCUCGGCGCAGGGCAACGCUCCGCUCGAGGGGGAGAUGCCAGAUGAGCGGACACCGGCGCGAUAGCGCGGUGCCAGUCAGGCGAUGUGUCCUGUCGCGUGCCACCGCUCGCUGCCGCGCAGGGGACUCUCACACCACCCGGCAGUCCGACCGUCCUCCGCAGCAGGUCCGCGCCCGCUCGGCGCGGCGGCGACGCCGGCUGCACGGGUGGUCGACCCGGCUGGUUGCACGGGCUCGUUAAACUCGGGGGAUGGACCCCGGGAGGGAAUCGGGAUCCGAUGCCAAGCGGGCCUCUUGAGCACACGGCGGCGACGCCAGCGCGGGCGCGGAAGUUCAAACGGCCGGCUUCGGGCCCUGCCCACCGGAACGCUCUCGGAACGAUCGCGGCGCUCAAAGCGCACCCUCGUUGCGGCUCUCAGAGACUCGUCUUGUGCCAACCUGAUUCUCUGCUCUGGGGGUCUCCUUUAUCCCUUGUGGGGCGGGCGUCGCUGUGCUCCGGAGAGCUUGCCAUUCCGUUUCGCGCUGGCACGGAGGCCACAAGGGGGGGGAGGGAGUCCUGCGGAAGUGACCCCGCGGUGUUUCUUGGCCGGCCGGACGCCGAUCGCGUCGGCCGCGGGCCGCGCGCCCGUGCGCCAGAGGAGGGGCUGCUCCGAAUGUGAUGGGCGCGGGACGUCCCGAGAAGCUGAA